GUCCGGGUAAGAUGGCGUUGGAAGACCAGUGCUCGGCACCACCUCGAUGGAAGGCCAUAUCAGUGACACACGUCGAGUUCCCGGAAGGUGACCUGGCGGGGCGGUUGCUGGCCUACACCAGUCUUCUACCCGUAGCUAUUAUUGUGGGGUUCAUCACGCUCAUAGUGUUUAAACGGGAGCUGCACACGAUUUCCUUCUUUGGUGGCCUCCUCCUAAAUGAAGGAGUGAACUGGCUGCUGAAGCAAAUUUUCAGGGAGCCACGCCCUUGUGCAGGGGUUCACACAACUGUCUACGCAGAAUACGGGAUGCCCUCUAACCAUUCCCAGCUUACAUGGUUCUUUGUUGUUUACUUCUUUCUUUUCCUUUAUUUAAGAAUGCAUCAAACGAACAAUGCUCGGUGUGUUGACCUUCUGUGGAGACACAUACUGUCCAUUUUCCUGUUGGGCAUGGCCUCGUCUGUCUCAUACAGCAGGGUCUACCUGUUGUAUCACACCUGGAGCCAGGUUUUCUAUGGUGGAGUAACGGGCACUACAUUUGCUAUAAUCUGGUUCUUUUUCACACAAGAGGUGCUUACACCAUUAUUCCCUAAAAUUGCAGCGUGGCCAAUAUCGGAAUACUUCCUGGUGCGAGACACAAGCUUGAUUCCCAACAUCUUGUGGUUUGAGUAUACAGUGACCAGAUCAGAGGCCAGGUCCUGGUUCCCUGUCCACAUAGCAGCCUUCACUCCAAACUUAUAA